AAACUACACUCUAUACACUCUACACUCUACACACUAUACACUACUCCUUUCUCUUUCAUCGGUCAUCGCACUUUCUCUCUCUACUGCUACCAGGUCGAGCUUGGUCGGGUGGGCUAUAAAAACAGGGGAGCGCUCAGCUCAACUCUCCCUUUCCUUCUCUCUCUCUCUCUAUCUCUGCUCAAAAGCGUCGUCAGUCAGACAGCGAUAGCACACGAAAAGCUCUGAGUUUCAGCUCAGUUUUAGCAUAAUAGCACCCGAGCUCAACUGUGCUCAGUCAUUCGAGGAAAAAGCCAAGGGAUAUCUCUGAGAUUUGCUCUUCUCCUGCUUUCAUGGAGGUUUUGGAGAAGGAGAGUUGAGUUAAUUGAGUUGAUCUUUGGUUCCGGCCGGCGUUUUUCCUGGAAUUCAGCUCCUCUGCUUCGGUUUUCGGCUUAAUGCACUCGAGAUUCGGGGUUGAAUUGAGGAUGGGGUUCAGUAGGGGCGUUGGCGCGAGGUUCAGGGGGGUGAAUCUGGUUGGGAGUUUAGGGUUUGAUGAGAUGGAGAUGGAGAUGGUGUUGUUGAGGGUUGGAAGCCGGGAUCUUAAUCUUUUGCGCUAUAACUGAGUGGAUAAUUAUAAUUAAGGUAAUUAUACUACGUGUACAACAUAUUAUAAACAUUUAUAUAAUAGGGGGUGGAGGAAAAAUAUGAAGCUUUCAACAUCAGGAUUGGGUCAGCAGCCUCAUGAAGGAGAGAACAAGUGUUUGAAUUCAGAGCUAUGGCAUGCAUGUGCUGGUCCUCUGGUGUGCCUUCCCACAGUGGGGAGUCGGGUGGUUUACUUUCCUCAGGGUCAUAGUGAACAGGUUGCGGCAACAACUAAUAAAGAAGUUGAUGGCCAGAUACCCAAUUAUCCUAACUUGCCACCACAGUUGAUCUGCCAGCUCCACAAUGUCACAAUGCAUGCAGAUGUUGAAACUGAUGAAGUAUAUGCUCAAAUGACAUUGCAACCUCUGACUCCGGAGGAACAAAAAGAUACAUAUCUUCCUGUUGAGUUGGGAAUUCCUAGCAAGCAGCCCACUAAUUAUUUUUGCAAGACGCUUACAGCAAGUGAUACUAGCACUCAUGGUGGCUUCUCUGUUCCUCGUCGAGCUGCAGAGAAAGUUUUCCCUCCUCUGGAUUUCUCGCAGACACCACCUUGCCAAGAACUCAUUGCAAGGGAUCUGCAUGAUGUUGAAUGGAAGUUCAGACAUAUUUUCCGAGGGCAGCCCAAGCGGCAUCUUCUUACUACUGGCUGGAGUGUGUUUGUCAGUGCCAAAAGACUUGUUGCUGGAGAUUCUGUUCUUUUCAUCUGGAAUGAGAAAAAUCAGCUGCUGCUGGGAAUUCGUCGUGCUACCAGACCACAAACGGUAAUGCCAUCAUCAGUUCUGUCAAGUGACAGUAUGCACAUUGGACUCUUAGCUGCUGCUGCUCAUGCUGCAGCUACCAAUAGCUGUUUCACUGUGUUUUACAACCCACGGGCUAGUCCAUCCGAGUUUGUCAUACCUCUUUCAAAAUACAUUAAAGCUGUAUACCACACCCGUAUCUCUGUUGGAAUGCGUUUUAGGAUGCUAUUUGAAACAGAAGAAUCAAGUGUUCGGAGAUACAUGGGAACAAUUACUGGCAUUGGUGACUUGGAUCCUGUUCGCUGGGCAAACUCUCACUGGCGGUCUGUCAAGGUCGGUUGGGAUGAGUCAACUGCAGGUGAAAGACAGCCAAGGGUAUCAUUAUGGGAGAUUGAGCCUUUGACUACUUUUCCCAUGUACUCAUCGUUAUUUCCCCUUAGGCUAAAAAGGCCUUGGUAUCCAGGACCCUCGUCUUUUCAAGACAGCAAUAAUGAAGUUAUUAAUGGAAUGACAUGGCUAAGAGGAGAAAUUGGCGAGCAAGGAGGACCCCAAUCCCUGAAUGUUCAGUCUUUUGGUAUGCUUCCCUGGAUGCAACAGAGAGUUGAUCCAGCAAUGCUCCGGACUGAUAUUAAUCAGCAGUACCAAGCUAUGCUCGCGGCAGGCAUGCAAAAUUUUGGAAGUGCGGAUCUGUUCAAACAGCAAUUAAUGCAGUUUCAACAGCCUGUCCAAUAUCUUCAAGCUUCAGGUAGCCAUAAUCCCUUGUUACAGCAGCAGCAAGUAAUCCAGCAACCAAUGUCUUCACACAUGCUACCUGCACAAACCCAAAUGCUAUCAGAUAGCCUGCAAAGGCAUCCCCAACAGCAAACCAGUGGUCAGACAGAGGAACCGGCCCAGCAACAUGCUUACCAGGAAGCUUUCCCUGUCUCACAUGACCAGCUUCAGCAAAGGCCACUGUCAAAUAUUCCUUCUCCAUCAUUUUCGAAAACAAAUUUUGCAGAUACAAACUCAAAAUUUGCGCCACCAGUUUCUCCUUCAAGCAUGCAAUCCAUGCUGGGUUCCCUCUGUCCUGAAGGGAGUAGUAAUCUGUUAAAUUUCAAAAGAACUGGUCAGUCUGCACUCAAUGAGCACCAACCCCAACAGUCCUGGUUGCCAAAAUUUGCCAACUCACAUAUCAGCACUUGUUCCAACUCAGUGUCAACCCCAUCAUAUCCUGGGAAAGAGGCAUCUAGUCAGCAGGAGACUUGUGCUGUAGAUGCUCACAAUCAAUCCUUUUUUGGUGCUAGUAUAGACUCUCCUGGACUUCUCCUUCCUACUACAUUAUCAAGUGUUACUACUUCAGUUGUUGCAGAUGUGUCCUCUUUACCAUCAGGGGCUUCUGGAUUUCAGAAUUCUCCAUAUGGUUAUGUGCAAGACUCUUCUGAGUUGGUGUCCAGUGCGGGACAAGAUGAUCAAUCAACCCCUCGUACAUUUGUCAAGGUUUAUAAAUCAGGAUAUGUUGGGAGGUCAUUGGAUAUCACCCGAAUAAGCAGCUAUCAUGAGCUACGACAGGAACUUGCUCAGAUGUUCGGGAUUGAAGGGUUACUUGAGGACCCGCAGAGAUCAGGCUGGCAGCUUGUAUUUGUUGACAGGGAGAAUGAUGUACUUCUUCUUGGAGACGACCCUUGGGAGGCAUUUGUGAACAAUGUCUGGUAUAUCAAAAUCCUUUCUCCCGAGGAUGUGCAGAAGCUGGGGAAGCAAGAAGCCAAAUCCCUUAGCCGAAACACAAUCGAAAGGAUGCAUGGCAGUGGCGCUGAUGGACGAGACCACCUGUCUGGAUUUCCAUCUCUAGGUUCGCUCGAGUACUGAGUUGUAUUUUGUGACUUUUCUCGAUUCCUCCCUACAUGUUCCACGUUUUAUGAUGCCAUCUAUCCAGACUCUAUUAACUUUAUGCCCCCAUUUGUAUGGUGUAGUGUUCUUGAAACCAUUUCUUAGGAGCUAAAUUUUCUUUUACUGAAUUCAAGUACCCAGCAUCAGAUUUGAUCUAGACUAAGAACUUGAAACCAUUGCAAUUCCUAGUUUAAGGAAGCAAGCUAUGUAAUGUUUUGAAAAUACCAGAUAACUAGUUUCUUUCUUCUA